UGCAAGUCGUCGCUGAAGACGUUGAGUUCGUCUGCCGCUGAAGAUUUGGUGUGUUCGUCCGCUGUCGUUCAAAACAGGUUCGUCCGCCGCCGCAACAAGUUCAUCUGUCACCAUUCACAUAUUCUCGUACCUAUUGCUAAUGGUACUGAGGAAAUGGAGGCUGUUAUGAUCAUUGACAUUCUUCAAAGAGCUAAAGGGAAAGUGGUGGUGGCUUCUGUUGAGGACACACUAGAGAUUCUUGCAUCACGAAAAGUUAAACUGGAGGCAGAUUUACUUCUUAACGGAGCUGCUGAACAGUCAUACGAUCUAAUUGUUUUGCCUGGAGGGCUUGGUGGCGCAGAAGCAUUUGCAAAAUCUGAAAAACUGAUUAAUUUGCUAAAAAAGCAGAGAGAAUCAAACAGACCCUAUGGAGCAAUAUGUGCAUCCCCAGCUUUGGUCUUAGAACCUCACGGCUUGCUAAAGAUUGAUAGAAGGAGCGUAUACCAAUUUGAGUUGGAUGAAGUGCGAAUGGAGCGUAUUGAUUUUUUGGGUGGCCACAUGUAA